AUGCAGAUUCUGAAGAGAACUAUUAUUGACGGAUGGCCAGUUUCACGUGCAGACUGUAAACAAGAAAUAAUUGAGUUCUGGAACCACAGGGACGAAUUGUCGUCUGUAAAUGACCUUAUAUUCAGAGGGCAGAUAAUCGUCAUACCUAUCUCUGCAAGAAAACAGGUGAUUGAAUCAGUGCACCAAGGUCACAUGGGUGUGGAAAAAUGUUUACAAAGGGCUAAAGACGUAAUGUUUUGGCCUGGUAUGACAAAAGAAAUCACAAAUCAUGUUUUAAAAUGUGCUUUAUGUCAAAAGUACAGGUAUUCCAACGCAAAAGAACCAUUAACUCCCCACGACGUGCCGGACCGACCUUGGCAAAACAUUGCCGCUGAUCUCUUCUCCUUUGACAGUAAGGACUACUUGCUGACUGUAGACUACUAUAGUAGAUACUUUGAGGUAGAUGCUCUACCUAACACGCAAAGCAUUACUAUAAUAAGAAAGCUAAAAGUUCACUUAGCAAGGUAUGGCAUUUGUGACAAACUUGUCACUGAUAAUGGGCCACAAUUGUCUUCUGAAAUAUUUUCAGAUUUUGCAAAAGAUUGGGGGUUUUCCCACAUAACAUCCAGCCCACUCCAUCCAAACAGUAAUGGAUUUGCCGAAAAAAUAGUGUCGAUUAUUAAACGGAUAUUCAGGAAAGCUCAGGAGAGUAACCGAGAUCCUUAG